AGACAAGUCUGUUCCAACCUAGCAACAGACGAGUCCAAGUGCAAACACAAAUACACUGAGAGCAUAUCGACUUAUUACACUUGGAAGUGAAAAUUUAAAUUUAUAGCUAAAAUGACAACUGUGCGCCGAGCCCUGACAGGAGGGGCGAGAGAAAGACAGUUAGAGAACAUGAGAAGACAAGAAGAUUAUCGGGAAGACACGAUUCGUCGGUUACACGAGGAGAAAAGACUGGAGGCUAACAUGAGCAAUGAGGAGCGUAUCUCGGAGAAACGUUUUAUCAGGCGUACUAUGAUGGAGCAGAAGGAAAGGGAAAUGGAGGAGGCAAUCCUGAAGGCCCAGAGAGAUCGCUUAAUCAGAGAAGAACAGUUACUCCAUGAAGAAAGACUGGCUGCAGAGCUGGAGAAACGGAAACUAGAUUCCAUCAGGGACGAGAAAAUGAGACAACAGAUCAGAGAAACAAGUCUAGAGUUGAGAGAACUAGAAGCAAAGUUACGAUCAGCCUAUAUAAACAAAGAAAGAACGGCACAGAUAGCUGAAAAAGAAGCUCUCAAGUUUGACAAAAUGCUCACCUGA